AUGGCAGACUUCGCACCACCACCAGGCCCUCCCCCACCCAAGGUACCGGAAGGCUGGAAAGCCGUCUGGAACCCGCAAUACAACGAAUGGUUCUACGUCAACGUCUACACAAAGCAGUCACAAUGGGACAAGCCGACCGAACCUGUCUACCCUCCCGGCGAGGCCCCGCCCGCUGGUGCUCCUCCUGGGUAUGCGCCUCCAGCAAGCGGCGCUGCCGGUGGAUAUCCUUCAGCCGCGAACGAGAAGGGAGGAUUCGGUAGCAAUAACCCUUACGCGAACACGAGCGAGGACGAGGCGCUUGCGAGAAGGCUACAAGAAGAAGAACAAGCGCGCGCCAACGGACACUCGAGCAAUACACGCGGACAGUCGAACGACUACUACAACCAGCCUGGGCAGUCGCAACCACCGCAGUACGGCGGUUAUGGCCAACAGAGCACCAGCUCGUAUCCGCAAGAACAACACCACGAUGCGAAUACACAAGACAAGGGCAGCAAAGGCAAAGGCCUAUUAGGCAAGAUCCUUGGAAAGGCUACUGGCUCGUCACACUCAUCAUCGUCGCACGGCUACCCACAACAACAGCAUGGCUAUGGACAGCCAGCAUACGGCCAAGUGGGUGGAGCAGGCUACUAUGGCGGAGGAGGCUAUGGCCGACCAAUGGGUGGUGGCAUGCCUAUGGGUGGCGGUAUGAUGGGCGGUGGUAGGCGUCCAGGAGGAGGCGGCGGCAUGGGAGGCAUGGCCCUUGGAGCAGGAGGAGGUUUGCUGGCAGGUGGACUUAUUGGAUCGGCCAUGGCCGGGGACGGCGGCGAUACCUAUGUGGAAAACAACUAUGGUGACGAUGGCGAUAUGGGUGGAGGAGAUAUGGGAGGCGACGACAUGGGUGACAUGGGUGGAGAUUUCUGA